UACAUUUCACGCCUUCACUCAGCCUUGUCACACAAGCUACCGGGACUCUGCUCUGUAUAUCAAACAAGAAAGUCAGCGUAGUAGCGAACUGGUCUUAAGCUCUGUUUGUUUUAGUUAAGCAUAGAGUCAAGUGGUAAGACCUCCUGUAGUGACAACGUGUAGAGGUUUCCAUCAUGUCUCAUCUUAGUGCCAAGGACAGGGACAUAUACAUCAAGGUAUUUCUUGCUGCUGACGUUAACAAUGAUGGAUACCUCAAUAUGGAAGAAGUCAACGGUCUUUUCAAAGAACUAGGAUAUAAACUGGAACGGGAGCAAGUCUAUGCCAUGUUUGCUAAGCUUGAUACUGACCAAAACUACAAGAUAACCUUGGACGAGUUCUUGGCUGCUAUGGCGCCUAUCGAGAGGAAGGAGAAAGAGGGCGCUCACCUUCGUCGACUCUUCCACGCUCUGGACGCGAACAAAGACGGUCUCCUGUCCCCCGAUGAACUCCACGUGCUAUUGCAGUCAGCCGCUUCUGAAUGUGGUGUUGAAGUACCCAAGUCCACUGCUGAGCAGAUUGUAAAGGAGCUCGAUGUCAGUGGAGACGGCAAAUUAAAUUUCGAAGAGUUUCUUGUUUUCCUCGCUGCCGUGGCGAGUUAGACAACCCAGAUAAUACCCCUCGGUAGUGUUAGAUGUAAUACUGUCUCAGUGUUAAUUGAUGUUUCAUCUAUACCGAUACGUGGCAAACAGUAUCAAACUUCUUAGAUCACUACUUUGUUUGUAUAUCUCUUCUGAUAUGAAAUAAAUGUAAAUGUUCAGA